GUCACAAUCCCCUCUUUUAUUCUGGAUACCUGGCUCUUGAACCACCUCAGGGCACAGCAAAAGGAUGAUGGAUGCAGUAAACAGAAGACCAAGGGGGACAUGGGAUUGAGAACCCUGGGGACUGUAGGAGGCUAGAAUAAACACCAUGCAGCAGAGCAGGAUGGAUAACCAAAGAAAGAUGGGCAAUCACAGAAAACUCACAGAAUUCACAGAAAACAUUGGACUUGCCCUGAACCUGCUUGAAGAACAUGACCCUUGGCCUGCUUAUGUGACAUACAUCUCCCCAGUGGUGCAAAGACUGAUUGAGAAAAGCAAACCAAAGGAACUGCAAUGCCCACGUGCUUCUCAGCAGAGCCAGUCAGCACUGAGGCCCAACAAGCCUUCCAGCAUUACUCAGCUCAAACGGAGAAAGUCAUCUAUGUCCUCUGGCGAAGGACUGAAGGAUGAUCUGUCACAUGCCAGGCUGUCAAUUUGGGCUCCUAACUCUGCCUUGAGUCCCACAGUUGUCCCAGAACCCAAGCACAAACAGCCCGAUUCCAGAGAAAGGCCCACAGCAGAUUUUAACAAGAUCAUUUUUUCCCGAAAGCCCAUGAUGAGGAUGGUUCCUUAUCAGCUCCUACAGUCCAGCAAGGAGAAACAUGCAAAUGCCUAGCAAGGAGUCCCUGCAGCCAUCCCUGAAGAAUGUACUGCUAUUAAGCUCCAUUUGCCACAAUUGUACCAUGUCCUGUAAGUCUAAAAUACCCAGAGGCUGGUGGAGAGAAAUCACACUAGAAUGCGGGCCAUGGGUGGGUGGGUACCUCCUUCAGCACUGCAGUCAGUUGGGCCGAGCAGUGACAUCUGCUAGUUUUCUCCCUCAGAUGCUAAAGACCUAACUGUGGAAGUAUUAGUCCAGAUCCUGGAAGGUGGCAGAAAUCAUACUAGUUACUUUACUAGAGAUAAUUUAAUAUGAAGAAUUAUUAACCAGGUAACUGAGAAAGGCAGAAAGAAAAUUCAAAGGUAUAAAUAGGGACAGCUCCUGCAAGAAGCUUCUUCACAGUUUAAGUUCUGUGGUGGAGGCAGUAAAAGAAGUUGACUGCUUGGAGAAGGGCCAUGUGGGCUGAAGCUCAGACUCAGGGGAGGGAGUGGGGAUGCUGCCCAGCUGGGGCUGGUGGGUGCCUCUGAAGGACGGUAUCCCAACUCUUAAGAAGCAGAGCUCAAGGUGUUUCUGAGCGGUCAUGUCAUACUGGUCCUGUGAGUACUGGAAAAAUCAAAAAAUGCAUUCAGAUGCUUGUAGAAGGAGCUGUCACUGCCCGGGUGAGUAAAAAGGGUCAGUAGGGAAGGCUGAUAGGGACAGGAAGCAGACACAAGGCAAACAGGAUGCAGUUGGGAAGCAAACAACCUGACGAGGAGACUCUUCCUUCUCCUUGUAGCUAUGAACGCUUCUGGUGGCACCGCCUAGGGACAGUGUGUAUCAGGGCAUAAAGCUCAAAUGUGGCUUGCAGCAUCUCAAACCUAGUAUCUCCAAACAUAGGAUAAAAGGAUGAAUUCUGAAGCGAAGAGAGAAAUAGCUUAGCAAUCAGCGUAGCAGGGGAUUGGUGCUCCAUAGGGCCCCUGAACCUAGUGUCCAGGUGUUUUUCUCUUGGAGGUCUUACAAAAUGGUAGCGGGGUCCCUGCUGAGAAAUGGAGGAGGUCCAACCUCUCCCUCCCCCAUCCCCAAUCUUCUUUGAGCUUUGCCCUGUGGAGCAGAGCUGGUUGGGAGGGAGAGAUCCCUGAGUUCCUGGCUGGACCCCAGCUGUUACUUGUCAGAUGACUGCUAUAAUUGGCCCACCCGUACUCUGAAUUGGUCCUAAAGCAAGCAACGACGAACUGUCCUCCAUUUCCCAGCAGAAAGCUGUCUUUAGACACAUGAGGAUUCUGUCAGGAUGGAAACCCAGCUGGUCUGGUGUGUGGUAUUUAACUGCUGAGCAUGGCUGACCUUGCCUGAGUUUCUGUACUGCAAGGCAGUUAAUAUCCAUGUAGCUUCCUCCGCAGAGGUGUACAGGAUCUGAUGGAAUAAUAGAUGUGUCAUUUGAAAAAUUAUAUUUCCCCCACCAUACAUAUUUUCCAUCCUAGAGUCUUAUGAAAAUGUUUACAGUCAGUUAUGGGUAUAACUUUGUAGAACUUAUCUCUGGUUCUUGUGUAUUUGUGUUGGGACAGCUGUACAAAUUAGGAGGUCUGGACCUGUUCCUGGGUUCCCAACCCUUGGCCAGAAUGAGUUCUUACAAAAAAUAAGUGUUUCCUGGUGAAUCUCUUGGUUAUAUUUUGUGUCUAUGGGAUUUUUCUAGACCUGGAAGCAGGUGAUAAAUUCCUCCAAGAUCUUUGAAAUCUCCUUUAUCUCUUUAUAGUUACUUAUACUUAACAUAUAUUUGGAAGGUAUGGAUGAUACAUUUAGAGUGUUAGAUUUAACAGAGUUGUGGAUUAUUUGGAUUAUUUCUAGCAGUUCCUUCAAGGGUAGGGCAGUAUAAUAAUUUACUGAAGUUUGCACUCUUUUUUUCUUGAAAAUUUCUAGGCAUUUAAUGGAUUUUGUAAAAGUAUGAACUACAGAUUAAAAUCAUUGUUUAUGUAUAGCAUUAUUUAGGUUAAUCUAAUUCUUAACCUAUUAAAACAACACAAGCAUAAACCAUUCACAGCUUAUGUUCUGAUGAAAAUUGUCUGCAUUUUGUGGCUCCAGUAGAGACACAUUGCCUUUUGAGGAAAAUUUAAGGAGAAAAAGCACAAUUCCUUUUGAAAUGGGGGAACUGAACCCAAUUGGUCUGGCCAGCAAGAGUCCUGCCAACCAUGACCAUAUUCACACAAGGACUGAGGAGGCUGCUGGGAAAGAAUUCUCCAGAGAUAAACAAUUGGGUAAGACCAGCUGGACACACUAAUGGUCACUGGGGGAGGAGGAUGAUCCCAAGUGACCUAUGUUAUCUGAUGCUGAGAUUUGUCUCCUGAGACACACCUUUCUGAGUGCUAUGGGCAUGGGGACCCGUGAGGCUCUAACUUGACAGGGCUCUUUCCCUAAAAUCCUGGAAGGCCCAGAAGUACUAAAAAAAUGUGAGGGGCCAGCUUAUUGGCUUCACAACCCACCAUCUCAUAUGUCCCACUGCCCUAGUUAACAAGAAAUAGCCAGGUCUGGUGGAGCCCAGUGAGCAUUUGGCAGGAACAACUUUGUUCCUGAGAGUCAGGGAGACAUCUCUGGUGCACCCUGAAAUAGGCACGGAGCCCUUGCUGGGGCCUGUGCCCCGACACAAGCAGGCAGGGCAUGUGUGGAGUGGAAUGCAGAUUAUUCUCGUGUAAUCUCAUCUGCCUAUCCAAGCUGGAGAGGCCUGGAGAAUCUCAGGUUACUUUGGACAUAUUUAACUUCCAUCUUGGAGAGAGGAUUGGCUUUCUCUGAUAUUCCACAGCCCCCCAACCUCUUCUUAUUUAUGUCUUUUGCAUAUGGCAUUUUCUACUUGGCAAGAGAGCUAUUAAGUCUCUCUGCUGUCAUAGGUUUAUGAAAUACCAGAAUACGCAUUUUGUCAGCCUGUCUGUGUUGCUCUGUAACUAAGGCUCUGCUGCAACACAUAUCGAGCAGCUGUUUUGAGCAGAUUCUUUGGCUCCCCUCACACAGUAUGGUAUUUACCCAUUUGCAGAUUCCAUGGUGGAUGUUUGAACAGUUGAUGUUUAACUUCAGCAACUCCCGACUGAGCCUGCUGGUCAUUCUCACUCUGGCUAGGACUAUUAGGACAUCAAACAGGUCCACAUUUUUGCAAACUCCCUGGUGUGGCCCGAAAGCACAUCUUGUUGGGGAUUAAGCUGCUCAACAGAUAAGAGGCUCCUGGAGUCUUCAUGGAGGUAACAGCAUAAACAAAGGCACUGGUGCAGGUGUGGGGAAGCUAGAUGUUUGAGGGUGGCCUGGAGCCCUGAAACUGGGAACAGGGGGCUAGCGUGGGACUUAAGAAAAGGUUGUAGACUUUAUUAGCAGUAAGUUUAGAGCCUUACUGGGAUGAGCUCAAAUCCUGCUCUUCAUUUUGUUAGCCGAAAAUCCUUAUGGAGGAGGAAUAAAUGCCACAUAAGUUCACAAGCACAGGGAAAACAAAAUGACAACCCUGAGGCAGGGAUUUUGAUCCCUGGUAAUUUGGAGUAGUGGAGAAGUAACAUGAAGCAGGGAAUACAGCACAGGACAAAGUCCAGACCCCUGAGCUGGGAUCCCAGCUAAGCUUGAUAAUGCUUCCUUGGGGUAGAAAACUAUAGUUUUUCUCGUGUGUCAACGGUGGCUUUGAAAAGAUUGUAAAAGUGCUUUGUAGGAUGUCAGCACAAACAUGCCCACCUGCAUCAUGUGUCCUUGAGUCCUUCCAUCCUAGGAAUCUCCACAUUUCCAGGCCAAAGAGCCGGAGCCUGGAUGUUAUCAGUGCCAGAUAAGAACAGACAGCCUGAGAAGGGGUUUGGAAAGAGGUAAACAGUGACCGGAGAUUUACUGGGAUCUGAUGUUGUCAGAGCCUGAACUGAAGCUCAGGGCUGAGUUUCUGUUGGCCAAGUUAUCACGGAAAUUUUACUCUUUCUCUUUUCUCCUUCUGCCUGGUUACAUCUCUUACCAGUAACCCCAGGGCUCAACCAGUCACGUAGUACUUGGACAGGAUGAUGUCUCAAGCCAGUAGGGCAUGGCUGGACUGGACAUUCGAAUGUAUGUAGCAUUUUGUGUAAUGUGUUAUGCAGAGCCCGCAGGGCAUGCAAGAAUACUCCCCACUGCUACCCCAUUCUUGACCCUGGCCAUACCUGAUUGCUCCAUGGGGCAAGGCAGAAUAUAAAGAUGAGGAUCUGUCUCCCUGUUGACACAAAGUGUUGGGUAACAGCAUGAAAAAGACUUUGAACUUGGUGUUUAGACCUUAUCUCUUCUAUCACUUGCUAUAUUCUGGGAUCAAUAAAAAUUCCUCCCUGACCCAUGCUUUCUAGAAAGCAAGAAUUGCUGGGGAGCCCAGCAAGGAUUGAUGUAUCCAUUUAUCUCAUCUUUAGAUUCGAUUGUAGACUAUUACAUUAAUUUUGGCAGACAAAAAAUAGGAAGCCAUGAUAGUUCAGGAAAGUUAAAAGUGUGACCUCUGGGAUCACUUUUGUACAUAUGCCACGCAGGAGGAUUUUUGUGAAGAGCUAAGUUAGGACAACAUCAUGUUACGGCUGAAGGGAAGUUGGCCUGAGUGCAUCCAGCUCUCCUCCCACACUCCUGGAGCUUGUCCAUGUCCAUUUUUUACUGCCCAGAGACUUAAGAGUCAUGCUUACCUAGCUGACUAUUCUUGAAUUAGGGGAUCCCCUUUAGGAUUGGGACUGUCUUAGUUAUUUUAUGCUCAUUGCUGAGACAAAAUACCUGAUGCCCAAGCUGGCAAAGGAAAGGUUUAUUUCUUACAGUUUUUUGGAGGUUUCAGUCCACACUCAGUUGACUCCCAGGCAGGCGGGCAUGGCUGGGCUGCCAUUCAUGGCGGCUGCAAAUAGCAAUCCCGAACCGUCAAAGAGCAAGACACACCUUCUUCCUGCCAUUACAUCACGUCUUGGCUCCACCCCUUUGUGGGUGGAGCACUGACACCAUCAAUCCAAGCACUACACAAUGAACCAUCACAAAUGCACAGUGCAAACUCAUGAGGCCUGGGGGACACAGACAUAAACCAUGACAGGGACUCAGACCCCUUACCUCCAACUGCAGGCUGCUUUCCCUACUUUUGACCUUCUCAGUGACAAUCCUGCUGGUGUUCAAGCAGGGCACAUGUGUUCCAUGGGUGGCUGCUGGUGCCAGUGUCAAUAGUGAGUUAGCUUCAGUAGAGACCCCUCUUAAUGUAGCCACUUUGCACUGUGCCCCUGGACCUGAGGCUAAAUAUGCCGUGAGCCUCGACAACAAGGCUGGCCACAUUCACUGGCACUUCCCCAAAGCCCAGUCUAUGCCUGGCACAGGCUUGGUGCUCAAGUAUUUAUUAGGCAAAUGAUUUAUGAGAGCAAGUCCUAUUGCCCAAAACAAAAUGCACUGGGAAGAGGUUUCUUUCUGAAUGUUCUGGGGCUGGAAAAGCACUUGGUUUUUGUAUAAAUUUUGAAACACUGAAAAGAUAGCCUUGCUCUGAAGAUUCCUUCUAGUCAUGACGGUAUGGUUCAAAUACAGUAUUCAGUAGGCACCUUUUACGUGCCUUGCUUUGUAGUGUGUCAGAAAGAUAGAAGGAGCUAGAGGCAUAAUCUCAUAAAAGAUGUUUUUCUGUUCUUUUAAAUCCAUACUCACCUGGUGGAAUUCCAAGUCAUGGUUUUUCUGGCCUUUAUCAAAGGGACAUAACUUUAGAGCUCCAACUUGUUCUUUUGUUCUGGUAUUUGCAGCAUGCUGACAGGAAUCCAGAAAACAUGCACCAAGUGCUGGCUUGUGCCAUGCAGCAUGCCUGGUGCCCAGUCAUGGACAUGGGAGAUGCACUCAAGUUUAUAUUUUGGCAGUGGGGGACGUGAGGCAAGUACAUUACUAAGCACAGUUGUGAUACAUGUUAUGCAGAAACCUGAGGCUCUUUGAGAGUGUGUUUGCUUUAGUCUCAUGACCUGCUCUGUCAUCUCAUGAAAAGGGGAUUACGGAAGGAGGCAGGAUUAGUAUCAGGACAGCUGCUCAUAAAAGAGAGUGAGGUCAUGGUGAGUUUUUGGCCAAGUCGAGUUUUAGUGGCCUAGUGAGUUGUUUUAAAAACUUCUACAAAGCUGCCGUUAGUUACAUCCAGCCCCAGCUUACAUGUUUGUUUCUGUAGCACCAUGGAGUUGAUUUCCUAGCUUGGCUGGGCUUCAGGUGAGGGCAUCUUACUCUAUACUCCGGUGAACACUUAGAGCAGCGCACACUGUUCUAGGGCCAUUACUUUCUGCUUCCCUUUCUGUCCUGGAAUAUUGAGCUGGGUGGCUACAAAGGAGACCUUGAGGCCCCUUGAAUGACCUCUUUAAUCCUGGGACAGAUGCCAGGUCUAAGCCUUCAACAUCCAGCUGAGCCCCACCUCAGUUCCCUGGUUCUCCAGAACAAAAGGAUCAGGCUGUCCUCCAUUUCUUCUCUACAAUAGUCAACUUCUGCUUUUUUUUAACUUUCAUUUCCAAAUUUUUGUAGGCUCUCUAGGGCGUGGGGGUCCAUUAACAUCACCCUUUAUCUCCUUACUUCUCUGGAUUAUAUCCAUCUAGUUCCUCCCAUUCUUUUCUGCUUUCUCCUGAUUCAUCCUGUCCUUCUUCCUUCUCUCUCUCCUUCCUUGGUUGUCUCCCUCCUGCCUUUUACUGCUUUUUCUAGCUUUUGAUACUUAUUAUUGAUUAAUUUUUAUAAUUGCAAAAGUAAGUGAUAUGUGUUGAAAGUAACUUUGGUUUUCUUAAAUUAAAAGUGUCCAAGACACCCUGAGUCUCGAAAGUCAGGUUGAUCAUGCUCCUUUACUACUCUGAUACCAAGAACAGGAACCUCCAUUCUGAGAACAAAAGGAGGUUUCCAAGUGCCUUCUGGGAAGCCCCCCAAAAGAUUUGCAUAUUUCAUGCAUGUAUUCUAAUGGUUGCCUGUCGCUCAGACCAUCUAUCUCAUUCAAGAGAGAUGCUUCAUAGCUGCCUUGAUCCACCCACCAUAGCUGUAGGGUUCUGUGCAGCUUCUCAAAGCAAAGAUUUAUAAGGGCCAACAGAUCUUCUAUAAAGUCUUUGGGAGAAGCACAGUAAAUUACAUUUGCUACCAGAAGUAGCCACUCUUGGGAUGGGGUGAGCAAUCUAAAUUUGAUUUUUGCUUCCUGGUGAAUACCAGUUUUGCCCCCAGUACGGAUCUCAGGACAGUCAAAUUAAUUUAUUAAUUAAUUCCCCGUUCAUCUUGGAGACAUUUGAACCACCUCCAUCUUGCAUUUAUUGAGUAACUUCCCUAUUUUCUUGAUUAUAGACAAAUUCCACUGGGAACACUCAUUGCUUCAUCCGUGAGAUAUAUUUAGUUCUCUUGACCUAGAAAAGACAUUCAUGAUAUUCAACAAGAUGUUUCCUGUUGCCUGCCUUGGCCAGUCUGGAAUAACAGUGCAUCUGGGGCUUCAAAGUCAUUUAGUAGAGCUGAGGAGUCCUAACUGGUCUUCUUUAGGGUUCUACUUCCAGAAUGUGAGAAUUUGUACCUUUUGACCUUGUAGGUAGCUCAGGCACACGCAGCACCUUCACGCCUAGCCCACCAUCACCACCAUCUCCAUCUCUAAACUGCCAGGGCUGGAGCCUCCACCCUGCAUAACCAUUACCUCCACACCACUGCCACCAUCAACAACUCUACCUACAUCACCAGGACCACGACCUCUGUCUUGAUCAUCAUCACCAGGACAGCUGCCUUCAGUACCACCACCUCCACCACCUCUGUGUCCCCCUCCACCAUCACCACCUUUACCACUUCUGUUAGCUGCUAGGAAGGUAAUUUAGAGGGCAAUCACCUAUGCUUAUGGGGGGCUAGGUAAGCUAUUGCCCCUUUAGAUGACUUUUUAAUCCUCCUUCGAAGUUUUUUUAUUAUUCUUUUUCAGAUAGAGCCUUCCAGAGAAACUUACAUGUCACCAGCUAAAAUUUCAGUCACCGUAGUGCACUCUUUUUAGAUGACCUAGAGUCAACUUUGCUUAUUGUAAUAUUAAUUCUCUCCCAGAGGCAUUUUCUUCUGCCACUUUUUUUUUUAGAUUUUUUUUUUAUUUUAAAGAGAACAAAAGAAAAUAGAAUGAAACAAAACAAAUCAGAAUAGGAAAAUACAAGCAACCCGGCACUUCACAACAAAACAACUGGACAUCAACAGUAGCUAACAUAAUGUCUCUUUUAUUUGAAAUAGUUGAGCAUACCUUCACACACAGUAAUAUCAAACAUAACAAUAUAGUAAAAAAAUUCAAAAGAAUGAAAGCAUUAUAGGACUUCAAAACCAAAUAACAGGAAAUGAACAAUGGAUGCUAUAAUACCUCAUUUUCCUAAAAAAAUUUGUCUAUAACAUCACACAUAAUAAAAUCAAAUAAAACACAACAGAAUAGAACCAAUCGAAAUAGAAGAACAAAAGCAUGGUAGGACUUCAAAACAAGAUGAUAAUAAAUUAGCAAUAGCUACCAUAAUGUCUUGUUUUCUUCAAAAUAGCAUUCAUACCAUCUCACAUAAUAAAAUCAAACAAAACCAAAUAAAAUCAGAUCAAUGAAUGAAGGCAUUAUAAGACUUCAAAACAAUAUAAUAGGAAACCAUGAUUACCAUAAUAUUUCCUAUUAUAUUCAAAAUAGCUGCCCUUACCAUCUGAAAGCAUAAAAUCUAACAAAAGACAGAACAAAGCCAAAUCUAAUAAAAUUAUGUAAACAAUGCAAGAGUUCAAGAUGAGACAAUAAAUUGACAGUACUUUUCACCUUUCCUUCCCUUUGCUCUUUUUUAAAAAAAAAUUUUAUUUAAAGACUAAAAAAAAAAAAAAAAAGAAAAUGGGUAGAAAUAAUACAUACUUUCAAAGAAAGAAUAAACAGUAAGAAAUCACUAGUUGAUAUUUACAUAUUGUCCUCUUACAAAUAGUUAUUCAAAGAUACGAAAAUGAAGCAUAUAAAGUGGGGUUUCAAACAGCGAGACUGCAACCAGUUCUGUUCAACAAAAAAUCACUCUGAGCAAAGAAUAAUAGUAUUUCUGGGUUUCACAUUUUGGUACCCCUGGAUCAGCACUGGGUACUGUAGUGUUUCUUUUUCUUUAAAGUAUUUGUUCAUUUCAUCAUGUGUCAUAAGAUCAGUUCUCAUAAACUGUUUAUUGGUUCUAUGCAUGCAUGAGUCUUAACAUGUAUUUCUAUCCUUUCUAUAUUAGAAGGAGGAACAAAACAAAGCAAGAUAAAACAAAACAUAUUCCUAUAAACACAUGAAAUGAAAAAGACGUAUAAGACCGCGUUAGGUGAUCUACAGUAGUUACUAUGCUUUCUCUUGUUAUUUUCAAUAGAAUUGUCUACAUCAUCUGAGAUAAUGUAAUUUAACAUAGCAUUACAUAGCUAUUUUAAUAAAAAUACAACUUUGGAGACAUUGUAGGACUUCGAAAGCAGUUAAUAAUCAAACCGGAAUGGGUAUCUUUUACAUCUUGUCAUCUUCAGAGUAGUUGCCUCUACUUGUAGACUUGAUACUAUCAAGCAUAUCAAAUUCGAAUAAAAACAGUCAAGGCCAAACAGCAGUCUGACAAACCAGCUCAAAUAAGAGCAGUCAUCGUAAGACAAUGUAAGUAAUACAGGGUUUCAGUUUAAGUUAAUAGGAAAUUAAGGAUAGUUACCGUGGUAUAACCUGCCAAUUUUGGGAUAGCUGUCUGUGCCCUCAAAUCUAAUAUGAGUAGACAGACCGAAACAAAAUAAAAUCAAACUAAACAGAGAGAUAAGACUACUGUGGCUUUUAAAUCCUGAUACACUAUUAACAAUAUCCUCUGCCUUCCUUUUUAAGGCAUUUUCUCACCUUUCCCCUUCUCAAGAUGCUUUGUAUAUUUUGGGUCCCACGAGCUCAUUUAGUUUUUAGAUUAGGAGGUCAACCUGUUAUUUAUCUGAGUAUUGCUGAACAUUUUUACCCUGAGCUUGAUCUUGAGCUGUACUCCUUUACUUACUAAAGCCACAGGUUUUCCUUCCUUCCAACUGUGUAGUUCUACACUGUCCAAAAAUGUCAUAGCUUUCCACUCUAUGUACGGCUGCUGGACGAGUUGUUCUUAUUUCUCUCUGGUUUCCUGUCACAUAUAGCAUUGUUUUCUCAUCUUUGACUUUCAGUUUAUUAAUUCUCUUUCAGGUUGAGUAUAUUUCCUAUUCAGAACAUCUCAAUGUAUCCUGCCUCCUAAUCUACUCUGCCUGUGUUUCUUUUUGUUAGUGUAUCAAGGCUAUCUAUAUUAAAGAUUAUAGCCCACCUUCUCUGCCUCAUCUCUGCUAUUCUAUUUUUCUGUUAUUAUUUGUCUGCUUUACUCCUUCAAUCCACUGUCUGCCCCGUUCAUUGAGGCCUGUCUGCCACUGUUGCUGGAAUCCUGGUAUUUUUUUCUAUUUCUCUCUAGAAUGUCCUUCAGUAUUUUUUGUAGGGUUGGAUUGGUGGUCAUGUACUCCCACAGUUCCUCCUUGUCUUGGAGAUACCUUAUUUAUCCAUUAAUCUUGAGAGGGAGUUUUUCAGGGUACAUCAAUCUGGGUUGGAGGUUAUUUUCUUUCAGGGCUUGGACUAUUUCCUCCCCAGGCUCUUCUUGAUUUGAGACUUUGUGUUGAUACGUCUGUUGUUAUUUUGAUUAUUUUUCCUUUGUAGAUGAUCUGCUUCUUUUCUCUGGCUGCUUUUAAUAUUCUGUUCUUGUGGUGGAUUUCUGGGAUCUUGAUUAUUAUGUCUGGGUGUAGAUAUGUUUUGGUUGUAGGUGGCUGGAGUUCUCUAUGCCUCAUUUAUCUGGACAUCAUUUCUUUUUCCUAUGCUUGGGAAGUUUUCCUUAAUUAUUUCUGUGAAUAGUCUUUGUAAUUCAUUUGUGGUUACUCCUGCUUCUUUGCUCAUGUUUUUUAUUCUUCAGUUAUAGAUCCUCUUGUCAUCUUCUAGCCUUUGAAUUGUUUCUUCCUGGUUCCUUAUUAUUUUUAAGAGAUCUUUUCUUUCACAAUCACACAUUCUAAAUCUCUCUUCAAGUUUUGAAAAGCUAACUUUAGUUUCUGCCAAGCAUUUUACCAGCUUUCAAUGGAGUUUUUAGUUUCAUUGUAAUCUCUUUGGAUCUGUUUCCUGUAUUCUAGGUUUUGUUUAUAUUCUUCAUCAAAGGUUUCUCUCCCUUUUCUGGGUUCCUCUGUUCUUCCAUCUGUGUUUUCUUAAGAGGGGCUUAGCAUUUCUUUAAUUAAUCUUUUUAUAUCUUGCCUCACUUGGAUUAGAAUUUGAGUUUUAAGUUAAUCUAUGAGGUCACAAAGGUAUUUCUUUAUGUCUGAUGAUGUUGUGGCUAAUAUUGCAUGAUUACUGCACUGGUUCUCUUCUGUUAUUUACCUGGGGUUAUUUUCCCAGUGCCAGAGGCUGGAGGUUUUUUUUUUUUUUUUUUUAUUUCUAUCUCUUGUCAUGUUUCUGGUUUCUUUCAGACAGGUGUGUUGUGGAGGUCCCUGGCCCUCUCCAUAUUGCUUAUGGUUUUUCUGAAGUGUGCUGACUGGGAUUUUGCUGCCCUCUCCAAUUUGCUGUUAUCUGAGGUACAUGCAGGGAUGAUGCAGGCUAGUCUCUAGCCUCUGAACCAGUCAACCCACAAGUGCCUUCAGGGACUUAGCCUGUGCUUUGUGGACGUCACAGGGUCAGGACAGUUUCGGUCCUGGCUAUUGGGUCCCAAUCAGGGGCAUGGCUCAGCCCAAGCAGAUCCUACCAAUCCUCUCUGGGCCAGGGAUGGCUGAUUGACACCACUGCAGCACCAGGCUCUGCCCCACUCCAAGAUGUCCGCCAGCCAGGGACACCCAACACGGGACCCAAUCUUCAGCACUCACCGGGAAUCAAUGUAGUUCUCCACCUUGGCUCCACUCCACGCUGCACCGUAUCCUCCUGCCAAGGGCCCGGGACUCACCGAUUCCCGUUAUCAGUGGCCAUGGCUUCAGCGUGACCUUGAGUCACCUGACUCCAUGGUGCUCCCAGCAUAGCAUGGACUGGUCUCAGUGCACACAUUGGCCUCCAGCCCUCCAUUUGUGUUUUUCCUUCCUCUUCCUAUUUUUCUUUUCACUUCAGUUUCCUUCUGGGUUCAUGAGAGUCCCUCUCCGCUCAUCCACCCCUCUCCAAGUUAUCAAAUUCCAGCAUCUGAACUGUUUCUCCAGAGAGCUGUCCACCCAGCAACCUAGCAAGCCACCAUCUUCUCUAAUCUCUCCUCUUCUGCCACUUUUUGUCUUUUUAUUGGUACCGGGGAUCGAACUCAUGACUGCCUGCUUCCAAGGCAGGCACUUAUGCCCCUGAGCUAAAUCCCCAGCCCCUUCUGCCACUUUUUAACACCUGCAAUACAUGAUCUUGAAUGGAGCAUGCUCAGAAAUAUGCCCACCUCUGUGUGCAAUGAUGAAUCUUUCCUAAAUAAAUAUGUAUGUUGUUUCCCAAUGUUUAUUUAUUUUCUUUUGUUGGGGGGCACUGCUUUGAGAUUUAUCCCUAGUGCUUUCCUUGGUUGAUGCAGGUAAUAAACCCUUUUAUACUCUGUUAUCUCCUGGUGAUGCCUAUUGAUGUUACACUCACCAGGGGGUAAACCCAUCAUAGUAUUACACUUCUAUCUCCAUUUCCACCUGUCCUUCCAUGCCUACUACCGUGGCCUUGAUUGCCUCUAUCCUCCCCACCAGCAUGAUCACCAUAUUUCCACCACCACAUCUACCUCACCUGUGCCACUGCCAUAGGCAUACCACCAGCAUCACUGAAAAAUUUGAUGACUGUGCAACCUUUUAUUUUAAGAACUAGUUUUCUAUAACAGCAAAUGUGCAAUUGCAAUGAGAAACCUGUUUUAUCUCACCUAACAGAACAUUCCACAUUUCUAUUGGAGGCAUUUGCAAUUAGAUUAUUUCAAUGACUUAAGACACUAAAAUAACCCCUUAUAUCCAUGUAAACACUGUCUGAAGUAUUUCCUCUCUGAACCAAAGAAAAAUUUGACUGAGAUAAAUAUUGACUUUCUAGAAUAUGGUAAUUAGAAUUAUUUUCUCCACAGUAGGUUUUUGGCCCCUUUGUUGAAGAUCAAAUAGCUGAAUGUGCCUACAGAUAUUUUCUGUCCUCUAUUCUGUUACACUAAUUCACACACUUCUUUCUGUGCCAGUACCAUGCCAUUUUUUUCACUGUUGCUUUGUAGUAUAACUUGAAGUCUGGUAAUAUAAUGCCUACUACUUUGCCUUUAUUGCCUAGGAUUGCUUCUGUUAUUCUGGGUCUCUUCCAGCCUAUUCAACAAACGAUGCUGGGAAAAUUGGCAAUUUGCAGAAGAACGAAGACAAAUAUCUUCACCAUUCACUAAACUGAACUCUAAAUGGACCAACAAUCUCAACAUUAAACAGAAACAUGAAUCUACUGGAAGAUAAAAUAUGUAAAAUACUUGAGGUCAUAGAUGUAGGUAAGGACUUUUAGAACUCCAAUUGCAUAAGCAAUUAUGGCAAGAGCAGUAAAUGGGAUUAAAAAGCUUCUGCACAGAAAAGGAAACAAUAAAGAGACGAUAUAUGGAACAGGAACAUUUUUUUGCUAGAUGUUCCUUAGAUGGAGGAAUGUAUAGCUAGAUAUAUACUAUAUAAAGAACUCAAGAUAUUAGCAACCCUGAAAUACAAGACCCAAUCAAGAAAUAGGCAAGUGAACUGGAUAGACAUACAGACGACAUCCAGAUGGCCAACAAACAGAUUUUAAAAAUGUUCAACAUUUCUGACCGUUAGAGAAAUGCAAAUUAAAACAGCGUUAAGAUCUCAUCUCACACCACAAAGAAGGCAGUCAUCAGGAAGGCAAAGAGUAGCAAAUGCUAGCAUGGUUGCAAUGAAAACCCUUCUACAUUGUUGGUAGCAAUGUAAACUAGUAACGAUCAUUAUGCAAAUCAGUAUGGAGAGUUCUCAAAAAACUAAAAUUAGAAAUUUCAUUUCUUCCCCAAAGAGCUAAAGACUUCAUAUUAAGGGGACCAGGGCAUGUCAGUGUUUAUAGCAGCACAAUUCAUAACAGCUGAAUACUAGAAAGAGUCUGUAUGCCCCUCAGCAGAUGGGUGAAUGAAGAAAAUGUGAAGUCCGUACAGAAUGGAAUGACUUGGUGCAGGCAUUUGGUGGGAAAUAAAUCCUCCUAGAAAAUAUAAUAUUGCUUGAGAAGCAUCAGUCACAAACACUUACACAUCUUAUCUCCCAUUUUUAAUAAGGCAAAGUACAAACAAAGAGUAAAAUCUAGGAGAGGUAGAAGAAAUCAAAGAAAUAGACCUUUUGCAAAUGAGAAGGGUUCCAGAAAAAUGAGAGUGAGGGAAGGGGAAAUAAAAAGAUUUGAGAGAUAUCAUGUAUAGGUACCAAAUACUUGCAAUAAAUGUAAAUAUUAUAUGUCAUAAACGUAUUAAAAUAAUAACAAUAACAUGGAAAUGGGGAAAAAGAAUUUAUUUUUAUUUUGAAGGUAGUAAAAUACAUCAGAACAAGGCAGAACAAAGCCAAUCAAGACAAUGCAGUGAAACUGGUACAGAAUUUCAGAGCAGGGUACCGGGAUAACAGUAACAGGUACCAUAGUAUAUCUUGUUAUCUUCACAAUAGUUGUCUAUUCAAUCAGGUGUAGCAAAAUCAAACCAAAUACAGAACAUUAUAAAACCUAUCAGAAGAGAAUAUUGAAUAGAGCAAAACAAUCAGAACAAAGCCAAUGGUGGAAACAAUAUUUGCCUUCAAACAGAAGAUAGAAGGAAAUCCCCCUUAUUUGCUAUAUUGCACAGGGUCAUCCUCCUAAGGGAUGCUCGGACCUCUGGCCCCAGGUCAGCAUAAUCAACUCAACAAUACAAGGAUAAAUGCCUUAGUUACUAUGAACUCCAGCUGUCCUUGACACCAUCCAGUUGCUAACAGGAGAUGGGGGGAUACAGGACGUUUGAUUCGCAGCCCACACUGGUAGGCUCACGGGAGACCCUGACUUGUUUUCUCCCUGGUGUGCCCACUGCUUGCUCCCCGCACCACUUACCAGGGAGGAGGGCUCCUUGCUUUCUUGCUCAGCUCCCCCAAAUUCCAACAUGGCUGGAUCUCGAGAGAUGCUGACUUGUUCUCUUCCUGGCACACCCUGGGGAAAGGGAAUUUAAAGAUGGAAGGAGGGAGGUGGGUGAGAAGGGAAAGGAGGUUAAAAAAAGACACUGUGUGAUGUACAUGUACUUACUCCCUUAAAUGAAUGAAGCUUAAUGUGCUGUGAACAUGUGCUAAUAAAAUAAAAA